AUAUAAGGCGCUUCCCCGUGGGCACUGCGGCUGAGACAGUGCUGCGGUGGCUGAGUAGCCGGUCCCGCCUUAAGGAGGGGGUGGUCGCCUGGGUCCCCUGCAGAUAUGAGUGACAUGGAUUCAUACAAGGUGGUGCUGGAUGGACCAGCACCUUGGGGGUUCCGGCUGCAGGGUGGCAAGGACUUUAACAUGCCCUUAUCCAUCUCUCGGCUUACUCCUGGGGGCAAGGCAGCACAGGCAGGUGUGGGAACAGGUGACUGGGUACUAAGCAUCGACGGGGAGAACACCAGUGUCUUGACUCAUAUUGAAGCACAAAACAAGAUCCGUGCCUGCGGGGAUAAGCUUGCCCUCAGCCUGAGCAGAGUCCAAAACCUCCUAGGUAAACCUCAGAAGGUAAAGUCACUCAGUAGAAAAGAGCAAGACCUGCCGGCCUUCCUCCCCAAUGACUCCAGCAAAAAGAGACUUAUUGAGGACACGGAAGACUGGCGACCGCGAACUGGCACCACCCAGUCCCGUUCUUUCCGCAUUUUGGCCCAUCUCACAGGCACAGAAUUCAUGCAAGACCCGGAUGAUGAGCAUGUUAGGAAAGCCAGCCAGGUCUCCAUACCAGAUCUGUCUUCUGCGCCAACCUUGAAAGUGGAGCCUGGAUACGGCUCUGCUGUGCCAAAACCUGCCCCUGUCUCUGGCCCUGCCAGUCGCCCCCCCUGGGCUGUGGAUCCUUCCUUUGCUGAGCGCUAUGCCCCAGAUAAAACCAGCACGGUACUGAGCAAGCACAGUCAGCCGGCCACCCCAACACCAAUGCAGAACCGCAAUUCCAUUGUCCAGGCUGCACAGCAACCACCUGAGAGUGCCAGCAAAACACCCAUCUGCUACCAGUGUAACAAGAUUAUCAGGGGGCGUUAUCUGGUGGCUUUGGGACGCUACUACCAUCCUGAGGAGUUCACCUGCUCGCAGUGCAGGAAGGUGCUGGAUGAGGGUGGCUUUUUUGAAGAGAAAGGCUCCAUCUUCUGCCCCAAGUGCUAUGACAUGCGCUAUGCCCCAAACUGUGCCAAGUGCAAGAAGAAGAUCACAGGGGAAAUUAUGCAUGCUCUGAAGAUGACUUGGCAUGUUCAGUGCUUUAUUUGUGCUGCCUGCAAAACACCUAUCCGCAAUCGAGCCUUCUACAUGGAAGAAGGGCAGCCAUACUGUGAGAGAGAUUACGAGAAGAUGUUUGGAACCAAAUGCCGUGGAUGUGACUUCAAGAUAGAUGCUGGGGAUCGCUUCCUAGAGGCUCUCGGCUUCAGCUGGCAUGAUACUUGCUUCGUCUGUGCGAUCUGCCAGAUCAACUUGGAAGGAAAGACAUUCUACUCCAAAAAGGACAAGCCUCUCUGCAAGAGUCAUGCUUUCUCCCAUGUGUGAAGAGGGGAAUGUGGUGGUGGGGAGAUGCUGGCUGCCCAAGCUGUUGCUCAGCCCCUGUAUUUCUUUUCCGCCACGUUUUUCUCCUGGCCUGUUUGUAGAGCUGAUCCCCAAGCACAAUCAUUCCCAGUUGGGGGUACAAUGCUCAGGGUCCCCUUUGGGAAAAUUCAGGUACAUGGAUUCAGACAAUUACUUCUUAAUAACAUUUUCAUUCUGCACAAGCAUCAGGUGACAGGCACUUACCCAUUCUAGGCUGUGGGGCCCUAGUGUUCUUAGCUUGAAGGAUUUGCUUACACCUCUGUUGUAUAGUUGCAACCAAAGAGGGGAUGCCCCUGGGAUGUUACUCCAUGCUGAUGUUAGUGCUGUUGCAAAGUAGGCAUCAGUAGAGAUCUGGGCCUCCUGUUCUCUCUGGGCUGAUUCACACAUUAUAAACUUACUGAUGCAGUCUGGAGGUUCCACGCUGGGAUCUUAACUCCCAGGUGCCGUGGUCCCUAUUUUGGAUCAGGAUUGUGUAGGGGACUUUAGCCUGCUGCAUUUGCCUAACCUGAAACUGCCCAGGGAAGCUGCUUUUUGCCCCACUGGGGAGUUUUACAUUUACUAAAGGCUUUAGAGAAGUUUUCCAAAUAGGGGGGGGGGGGAAAGCAGCUCCGAUUUUUCAGCUGGGAAAACAGUGUGUGUGUGUUUGUGUGUGGGAUUUUAAUCCCCCUUUCCACCCCUGCACAACAGUCCUGACCCAAACUGGGCCCCCACAGUGCAAUUUUUUCCAGCAAGGAACUCCCAGCACAUGUCUGGGCUAAAGUCCUCACGGUGGCCACAGGAGCUUUAUAGGUGGUGAAUUGGCCCUCAGAUGUAUGACUGGCAGUGUUUGCAUAUCCUUUUGGGUAGCAGCUCUUCCCGAAGCUUGACUCUGGAUGAGGCUUGUUCUCAUUACUCCCUGCUUGCUUUGCAACAAAAUUACCACAUUCUCCUUUCUCCCCCAGUAAGGGAAUGUGAUAAAGGAAUGGUCCAGGCUGGCUUCAUAAUGCCUGUCGUUGUGCCUUUUUGUCCACAUUCGUCAUUUAAUAGCAGAGGACCACACUCAGCCAUACAGAAAUUGUUUUUCCUAAAGCCAAGACCAGAAAACUUAUCAUUCCACCCCACCCCCGCCCACAAGCUUUGUCUGUUACGUAAGUAUUAGCAGAGAAGACCCUGUCUCCAGGGUAGACCAUUAUGCGGUCAGCUGCAGCCAAACAAGUAAAAAUAAUUUGAGAUGCCCUGGAAAACAGAGGAGUUGCAAGGUCCGGUCUCUUCUCCACACCAGCAGAAGCUGCUUCUCUUGCACCAAGAGAUGAACCGUCACUUCCCAGUACACAGUGCUGCAUUUGCUCACAGCUCUAGGCUGUGUGUGGCUCUGGAGCUUCCCUGCCAAAGAGUUACUAUUAUUUUUGUUUGUGUUGUAAGUCUGUUUCCCAGGACCAUACUGUCCAGCUGGUUGUUUGUCAUUCUUUGCCACUUCAGUGGAGCCUUUAGUGCCUAAUAAAUAUGUCUUUUGA